GAAUAAACUGAUUGGAAUUCCAAUUUUUCCUUAUCCUUAACAAAAGUUAUAUCAUUUUAAUUUUCGAUAGGAUAGAUUUUAAGGGACACGAAAAUCGAUUUAAAGAAUAUUUUAAAAAUGAGCCUUCGCAUUAGUGAAAUAGAGGAAAAUAUUUCAGAAAUUAAAGAAAUUUCUACCAAAUUAACAUACGAAGGAUGUAAACUGAAGGAUACUUUGAAACAAAUAGAAAAUAAAUUACACGAGAUGAAAGAAGAUUCGUUUCUUGUUGAAAAGUUGAAAACAUUAGAACAGCAAUUAAAGAUAUCAGAGAAGAAGAAUGAAGAGGAAGAAAGAAAAUUAUUUUUAUCCACAAGACCAUAUCUUAGGAAGAGAGGAUCCGAUCUGAAAGAAGCUCGCGAUAUUGCGGCGGAAGCGUCGAAGCAAUUAAAGAGAGAAGUAAAUAAAAAGGACAAACUCUUACAGACUUACGAGAGAUUACAGAAUAGCGAAACAAUCUUAAACGAAGAAGUAGAAAGUAAGAAAAAUUUAAUCGAAGAGUUAGAAAAGAAGAGAGAACAUUUGGAAAUUAAACUAGAUCGAAUACAGAUGAUUUUACACAAUAAAUCCGAAAUAAUCAUCGAACAGCGAAGCAAAAAUGACAUUUUGAAUACGAAAGUUGAAGAACAGAAAGAGGAAUUAAAGGAACAAAACAAUAAACUGCAGCUGGUUACGGACAAAUUAAAUAAUACGAAAUGUUCUUUAUAUUCCGUAGCGAGUGCCUUAAAAGAAGAAAAAAAAUUAAACGAAAUAUCUCUAAAGACUAACGAUGCGUUAGAAAAAUCUCUAGCUAAAUGUAAAGAAGAGAAACGAACACAAAUGGAAAACACGGAAAAUUUACAAGACAAUGUCGCCAGGAAACACAAUGAAUUUAAGGCAAAGGAUUACGACCUGUUACGAUGGAAAGAACAAAUCGAUAAGCGAACGAAAAGCAUCGUCGUCUUAGAAAGAGAGUUGGUAAAAUUAGAAAAGUCGAAAGAUGCCGUCGAGAAAAUACAAGAAAAGAAGAAAAAUACAAUCGCUAGUUUACGCAAGGAUAUUUCGAAUUAUAAGAAAAGAUACGGGGAAUAUCAGAAUAGCAUUUAUUCUCUUAACAGACAGCAAAUGGCUACGGACGACGACGUACAAAAUGCAAAAUCGGCCAAGAAAAGAGUAUUAACGUUGGUUAAAAUAAAUCGGCAGAAAGAAGAUGCGUUAGAAAAUAGAUUAAAACAAAUUAAAGCGGAAAAGCGAAAAUUUACUUCGUCCGUAAUAAAUUCGGAAAAAAUUAAAAAUUCCUUUAAUAACGAAUAUAUAACUUUAAUUAACGAGGAGAAAGCGGUCCGAAACGAAUUAAAGAUACUGGAAAGGAAAUUGUUGGUUUGCGCGGAAACGUUAAAAAAUAAAGAAUUUAAAAAGAACGAGUUAAAAGAAACACUGGAAAAAUGUGAAAAUGAAAAAAACAAACAAAUGCAUUUUUACGAAAACUCCAAGUUUAUGGCGAGAAGAACUCGAACGAAACUAAGAACAUUGACCAACAAUAAAAAUGUCUUGAAAAAAAGACUGGAUGUUCAGAAAAUUAAGCUAAAACAGAGAAAAUUGCUGUUCGAAAAAUUUAAAAACGACUUAAAAAUACAAGAGGCCGAACUUAAAAGGCAAUUUGAAAUGGCCGAAAAUAAUAAUAAUAAUAUUAAAAUAUACAUACAUUUGAUAAAUGAAGUACAGAGAGAAGUAAAGAGAAUUAACGAAAAUAUAAAAGAAGAAAAAAGCAUUUUGGAAAAAGAACAAGCAGUUUUUAAGAAAGCCACUACUAAAUUGAAUUUGAUGGAGAAUAAACUUAAAACCUGUAAAGAAGAAACGAUUACACAAUCCAAAUCAUUUGAGUAUAUUAAAAGAGAAAAAUUCAAAAAUCAAGAAGGUAUUGGCAGCUGGAAAUGUCAAUUGGAUCGAGCAUUGGUUAAAUCUAAUUAUUUGAAUAAAAAGAAAUUUGAUAUUUAUAAACUUAGAACUAAAAUUAAAGAUUAUAGCAUAAAUUUGAACAAAGACAGUUUGCAAUAUUUAUCCUUAAAGAAUCAUAUCUUUCAUCCAUUGAAUACGAAUAAAUGGAGAAUAAUACAGAGCAAAAUUGACCAUGUAAACGAAUUAGCGCGAGAAAAUAAAUUAAUUGUGGAAAAUCAUAUCUGUUUAAAGAAUGAAAUUUUUGACAAAGUUUUAAAAGACGAAGAGAAGAAUUGGACUGUGGAAAAGAUAAAAGAUAAUUUCUUUAGUAAUAAAGAGGAGUCGGUCGAAGUAUUUAAGAAGUAUCGGGCGGUGGAAAACUCGCUGAAAAAAGCCACCACUCAAAUAAUGGCAACGUCGGUCCAAAUCAAUGUCUAUUAUAGUUUAAUAUAUUGCGAGAAAGAAAUUAAAAUGAGAUUAAGCGAAGAAUUGAAAAAAGUUUCAUUACGAAUUUCGCAGAUGAUCGAAGAUAUUUUACGCACUGACAACAAAAAUAAGCUUUAAUAUAUAUUUUAUUCCUUAUUUAUAAGUUAGUUAUAGUAAAUAAAAAGAUUUAAAAAUUUCUUUUUGAAUAUUCAUUGGCUGUUGGAAUGAUCCGGCUCCGGUUUUAAAAUUACUGAUAAUAAUUCUAAAACCUAACAAUAUUGCUGUCUUCUUGUUAUAUCAACUCCAGUUAAUACAAGUUUUAUACAUAUU